UGUCCUCUCCCUGUCCAAAUCCAAAUCACUUUUCCCCAAAAAAAUUGUAAAAAAAGAAUAUCACAUCGUUCACCCCUUCAUCUCAAAAUCACCACUAGAUCCAAUUCAAAGAACAAAAUCACCAAACGAAAUUUACACCAUGCCCGAAUCAAACCAGCACCGCCGCGCGCCGCCGCCGCCGCCUCGUGUGCUGAGCCGGAGCCAGAGGAAGCUCCUCCUCUUCUUCCUCAAAUGCGUAAUCAUGGCCGUCGUCAUGUCCCUCUUCCUCUUCUUCCUCGGCUUCGCGGCAAUCGUCCUCCUCAACUUCCUCUUCAUGUCCAACACCUUCACCCGCCGCCGCUGCACCCGCCUCCUCCGCCCCGCCCCCGCCGACCCCGAGCCCGAUUUCGACGCCCUUCUCCCCGGCGUCGCGUAUCGCGUGGCCGAUUCGCCGAAUUCGUCGGAUUGCGCGAUUUGUUUGGAUUCAUUCCGGGAAGGGGAGAGCUGCAGGGAAAUCCCGAUUUGCAGGCACUUGUUCCAUUCGAAUUGCGUGGAUAGGUGGAUUGGGAGGAAACGGAAUUGCCCCGUGUGCCGGACCCGGGUCGACUUGGAUCCGCCUGGGUCGCCUGGCGGAGACCGGUGGAAGAAUGUCUGGGCGGUUAAUUUAGAGGAGAGCGCUUCUUAUUGAUGGAUUAGAAUGUGUAAAAAAGGGUUGAGCCAGCAUGCUGCGAGGGUAAGUUUCAAUAAUAUCCAAACCCUUCGAUUUGGAGUAAAUUAUUCCUCACUUGUGUACUUUUUUUGCAGAAGUGUUGGAGCCAGAAAUUCAUUUAUGUAGAAACUCAGAAUCGACUUUGAAGCUUACUGUUUGAUCCUCUCACAUUUUCAAUUGGUAGAAGGUCAAUGAUUAGAUUGGUGGAAAGGGAUGGCAAACAUACAAUGGACUUUGCAUUCAAUUUAACUUGGAUUUAGCAUCGAAAAGUAAAAA